GAAAAGAGGAGAGAGGGAAGAGAGAGAAAGCAGGAGAGCGGGAGGGAGACGGAGCGACGCUAUUGGUUGACUUUUAUAACACCGACCGUGGUUGAAAUUUUUCUCUUGCAGUCUAAGAAAUAGUGGAAAGAGGCAGCCAGAGACGGCAGACUAAGGAAAUACACAUCUCUGGAAAAAGGGGGUCUGCAACAGAGGGGCUUCGGGUAGACAGGCGGCACAAGCAGGGAGAUGAGAGGCUGGUAUCAAUGAGUCAUGACUUCUGAGAGCUGCGGAGAUGUCUUGCUUAUCAACAGGAGUGUUUUCAAAACCAGCACAACUGCGUACUGUGAACAUGUAGAUUCCCUACAGGGUUCUGGUUAAAUCUUUUCCCCUACACUCUUUUUUUUUUCCUUUCUUUUUUUAAUUGUUUCUGGCCAGAAGUUAAACAUUUUCCUGGAGAAGAACCUGAGUGUGAAGGCUCUCUCUCUUUUGAGGUCGGAGAACUCUGAGGAAUGCAUCUGAGACGCAGAUACAGGGCAGACAACACUGACAUGGUGCCGACCCAAACUGACAGAAACAAGGGCAGAGUGGACUGUUCAGAGGCAGACACGGCUGCUCCCGCAGACAGGUACGCCCUACUCGAUGUUAAGGUCAGUUAAGGUAUCCAUCCUUGCUUUUUGGUCGUGUAUUUGUUGAACCUUUCAAAAUUUCGUGUCAAUUCCAAACUUGUGCGUGUCGUUUGAGUCCUCUUUUGGUAAAUCACUGACGUAACAUGCAUUUGUCACAAUAAGCCAGCGAAGCAAUACCUUCAACUUUAGAAGGGAGUUAUAAAUGCUCAACAGCCUACUGAUAGAAAACCAGCACAAUAAGCUGGAUGUUUAUAAAACCAUUAAACAUGACCUGAAAUAACAUGCCAAUAAGGGUUUUUUAGUCUGAACAGUAAGCCAUAAUAAACUUGACUACCAUAAGCCAUAACCACCCUGGACAGUGAUCCUGUUUUUUCUUAUUCGUUUUUUUUUUUUUUACUGCUCUUAAUAUCGACAACAAUCCUGUGCUUCUGCUGUCGGUGUGUCCAUCAGACACUUUUACCUUCAGAGACAUAUGUGUAGGUUUUGUCUCAGGAGAAACUCCUCGGCAGAGGAGACUGACUAUUUGCCUGUCAGAGACUGAAAAAAAAAAGAGGAGCACCGGGUGUGUGUGCGUUGGGGGCAACAACAGUGAAACAGAUUUCCUCAGAGCUCCCCGAACCCCGGCUGGACGUCUUGCCAUCAGCCGCACAAAAGGGGAGACAAACGCUGGAAGCAGCUUGAGCUCACUAUUGAUCGUCACUUUCAGUGAUUGCUCUGUUCGCACCUGAAGUGGAAACAGACAAUAAGCACCCACUCAGGAGGGAGGGACACCGGUAGCCUGAAAACGAUACAGAAAGAAAGCAGGCAGGAAGUUUUUUUUUUGUUUUUUUCCUCUACCCUCCCUCCCUCCCUCCGGUCGUCAGGCUGGCUGGGGAAGCCAUGGCGUUCACCUUCGCGGCCUUCUGCUACAUGCUCACCCUGGUUCUGUGCGCCGGGCUCAUCUUCUUUGUCAUAUGGCAGAUCAUUGCAUUUGAUGAACUCCGCACAGACUUCAAAAACCCCAUUGAUCAGAGCAAUCCCACCAGAGCGAGAGAAAGGAUCUUAAACAUCGAGCGGAUCUGCAACCUGCUCCGCAGACUGGUGGUACCAGAGUACUCCAUCCACGGGCUCUUCUGCCUGAUGUUCAUGUGUGCCGGAGAGUGGGUCACACUUGGCCUCAAUAUCCCGCUGCUCUUCUACCAUCUGUGGAGGUUCUUUCAUCGGCCAGCCGACGGAUCGGAAGUGAUGUACGAUCCGGUCAGCGUGAUGAACGCCGACAUCCUCAACUACUGCCAGAAGGAGUCCUGGUGCAAGCUGGGCUUCUACUUGCUCUCUUUCUUCUAUUACUUGUACAGUAUGGUCUACGCCUUGGUGAGCUUCUAACAAGUGCUGUGAAGAUCUAACUGGAGGGAGCUGUAAGAUAUCCAAAACCGAUGGAGGCAAAAUCUUCUUCUUUUCAUAUUUUCUGACUCUUUUGGCCUAAGACUGAUCUGACUGAAUGUGAGUGUAUAACGGUGUUACUUAGGAUCUUGUUUAAGCCUUUCAUCCCAGAUACCGCUCUCAGAAAGCCUAAAGAAAAGAGAAAAAACAAGCAGCUCUGAAAGACUGAAAAGAAACAAAAAAAAAAGAAAAAAGAGGAUGCCGGAUGUUUGAGAUGCCUUCGACCCCCGAUACACAAUUCACCGAUAUUUCUGAAGGGCUGGAUUUCCCCCACGCUGCUCUUACUGAUCCGGUCGCUCAACUCACUGUGAAUCUCCAAACACUUAGGGGCCGGAAAAGAAACAAACACGUCUGUAACCUUCGACUUUCAAAGCGUACAGGAUUGUUUUGAUAUUAGUCGUGAUAUUUGAAGCGCUGGUUACGUCGAGCGAUCGCUUUAACCGUGUCGCAGUCGCAUUUCGCUGUGACAAACGGCUAAAGCUCUGACGGAAGAAACCCAGAAUACCGGCAAGGUUCGUCAAGCUCUGUCAAAAACAAAGUUGAGCACGACAAGGUAAAUGACAUCCAGGUACAAAUCAAACCCAGUUUCACAGAAGGGCGUCAGGGAGUCGCUAACAAGAAGCUGUGUUUGUGCAAAUCUGUAAGCAAACAUGCGUUGGCACGGACUGGAUUCAGCUUUCAUGCGCAUGUCCACAUUUUCCCGUGUCACUGGGUUUGCUCAUCAGAAAUUUGACUUUAAGGGUUUUGUCUGUAGCUGUAAAGACACAUAUUUAUUGCUUCAUAGGUUCAUGCUUUUGAAAAGAGUAAUAAUGCCAAACGUUUAUAGUAAAAAAAAACAAAAAAACAACCUUGUGCCAAAUUUCAGGAUGAAUCACGUUUUGUGCAUUUAAAGGGAUACUUCUGAUUUUUUUUCUUUCCCACGCUAAGAUCUGUGAAGUUAUCUCGUUUCCAAACUCGUUUCUGCAGUAACACGUUUGUCUAGAAGGGAAAACGUACGAGAAUAACUUCACUUCCCGAAAAUCAGAACUGUGCCUUUAACACAUCUGGCACCUGUUUUUUUUUUUGUUGUUUUUUUUAAUGAACAAAGGAAAGGUAGAAAAAAAUCUGUUGUACUUUUAGUGCGCAGAGAGCGCCUUAUUCCUGUUUCCAGUUAGGUUUACUCUCACUCAUCUGCAUCUAUGCUAUAGUCGUUUUUAGCGAGCGGUUUUUGAAACUUUUCUCUGAUCCGAGGUAGAGUAGAGAUCUCAUGUAUAAAGAGCAAUUAAAAACACGCAAAAUAGCAAUGUCGUACGAUCCAUGAGACAUAUCAGAGGUGUGUUAGUCAGUGUUUAUAAUGCCGGUGAGUGAGGCUCGAGUGUCAGGAUGAGACAUCAAUGACUCGAUGGCAACGUUUUAGUUAUCGAGGAAGUGUAAAAACGCAGCGAAGUCACCAUGAUGCCGUUUCAGUCGUAGAGCGGACUGGUGUGAGAAGCGAAGCAGCAAAACGGUUUCCACGGCAAUGGCGUGUGAUUGGGCCAAAUGUUUGAGCUGAGCUGUCGUGACCAAUUUGUGACAGCAGCCUAUGAAAGACGUUUCUCAUUUAGUCAAACCUUUUAAAACCUAAGCUUCACAAAUUGCCGUUUUAGAUAUUUUUUAAUUGAUAUGUGCAAGUUUCUCACAAACUAAACAUCUGAUGCCUGUUCGUUGUGGGCUGUCAGGGAUUUUACGUCAGCUAAAACACAUAACCAAUUUCUCGAAAUGUGUGAGAUUUUUGUGACCCCGAGUUUUCCAUACUAGUCUGUUUCCUUACCAUGACAGAGAGACUGUAUCUUCCUGCAUGUCACAUGACCUGCACUGUGUGCCAGGGAGCUCAUAAUAAGCUCAAAUACAAUGGCAAUACGAUAAAUUCAAAGCAAAAAAAUGAGAAAAACAACUUUUUCAGAAAGUUUUGUGUUUACACCGUCAGCUAGACCCACGUUGGAAAAGUGUGAAAAACUGAAUACACUUGCACUAAUUACCAUGAGUCCAAAAGUCAUGGAAGCAAUUUUUCUACAGUUUCUUUUAAACCUUACAAUUCAGAAAAUUUCAUGUACAUCAUCAGUUUUGGGGAAAUAAGUUUUUAAAUGUUAUGAAUUGGGUCAAACAUUUUCUACAACAGCUUGCUGCCGGUCGUCUUGCUCACACAAAUCUUUUCUGUUCUGCCAACAAUGUUUCUAGAUCAGGACUUUCUGAUGGCCACUGAAACGUCGACUUUCUCAUCCUUAAGCGACUUUAUAACUAAUUUUGCUGAAUGCUUUUGGUCGCUAUUCAUUUGGAAGACCCAUUUGUGCCCAAACAUAAACUUCCUUUUUGCAAAGUGCACCAGUCCCUCCUCCAGCAGAAAUACAGACACACAACAAAUGUAACAAUGUUCACUAGAAUAUGAUAGAAAAAUCCUCUGCUGUCCCACAAUGGGGGUGGAUUUCUGUACAACAGCAGCAAACAAAAGGAGAAAUCAAUAGCACUAAUUGAUUAUGGCAAAAUAUUUCAUUUUCAUCACACCACAGGACAUUUCUCCAAUUUUAAGAUCUUUGUCCCUGAGUGCAUUUGCACGUCGUAAUUUGACCUUUUUUUGUUGUUUUGUGGAGCAAUGCAUUCUUCUUCCUCUCAGCCCAUGUCGAUAAAUGAAACUCAUCUCAUUGUGGAUGACAGUCUUACAAGUUUCAGGGAACAUCUUCACAAGUUCUUUAGCUUUCCCAAAUCGAUUAAAGACAUAAUCAUCUAAAUUCCAAAGAACUAAAACGUACAACCUUUAGCUACUUGAAUGUGGCAUUGAACUGGAAUAUGCUUCAUCAAACCAGUGGCAGGGACAAAGAAAUCUUGACUAGGACACUGUGAAUUUACUUAUUUGUUUUAAUUUCCCCCCCCAAUAGAAUGCCAUAAAGCUGAACGUCGUCGUAGUAAGAUGUAAUACUGACUGCAGAAACGAAGCAACACUUCUUCAAGACGCUUUGUGGAGACACGCCGUCUAUUUCCCUAGGAGAAAAUCUCAAAUAGGUUGUGUGAUUUCACUUUCAAUCACUGAAGCAACUUUCAUAGGCUGCCAGUGUUUUGGAAGACGAGCAAUAUGUCGUGCCAAGAGACGUUCGCAGAUAAUCACAGGACACCGAGACCUCAUCGUUCCGCCAACUGUGUGAAUGUGUGGAGUCUGGACAAUCACUACUGAAGCACAGGAACUCGCUGACAGAGGAAGAAAUAACGCCUGCUGCUGGAACGUUAUCACGUAGUCGCUCUAAAUAAAGCAUUUUAGAAAACUGAAUUUAAUGAAUUCUAUAUCGUAUCCGUCUUUUAUACAUUCCUCAUUAUUAUGCUACAGUCAAUUUGGUGAAUCACUUUAUAUCUAUUCGGUUACAAUAUGAUGUGCAUCUAUUUACAUGCCAUAUCCCAAUAAAACAGUUAUGCCAAAA